AUGGAUGAUAUAGAUAGUGCUGAUUCCUAUUAUAUGGAAGCUUUUAAGCUUUUUGAUUACUAUAAUUAUUGUCUAUAUGACUGUGAUUUGAGCUCAACUAUAUAUCUUACUGAUUAUUUUUUAUCAAAAAAUGAAAUCAAAAAGUGUGAAAUUGUAAUGAAGGCAUGAGAAGUUUUAAAAAAAAUUCCUAUUUUAGAUUGCUUACAGGCCGAUAUGAUGCUAAUAGAAGCAAAACUUAAAAUUAAGCAAGGUAAAAGAGAAGAAGCAGACAAAUGCUUGAAUCAAAUAGAAAAAAUAUAUAAAAUUGAUAAAAUAUUGGUGGAUCCUCCAGAAAAGAUGCAGCUCCAGCAUGAUGAAAUUUGAAACUGAAUGGAAUUUGCUGAUGUUAUGCUUAGAAUUGAAGGAUGACUAAAAGCAGAAAAAAUAUUAUAG